AUGGCAUUCCUUUCGCGGUUCCUGCUGUCUUUCUGGCUUGUUCAGUUCGUGCUGGCGGGCCCUGAGGUGGACGAGCUCUACGCGGAACUUUUGUCCGAAGCUGGAAUGCAAAGCUUGAUUGCCCCAAUGGCAGCCCCUGCUGAUACACCUGCAGCAUCAUCUGAUGAGACUGGCGCCGACCCUGCUGGCUGGGCGUCAUCUUUAUCGAAUGGGACUGCUGCACCACCUGCCACACCGACCCUUGGUCGCAAACCGAAGGCGCGCCCUGGUCCUGCGAAUCUCUUACAUGAGCUGCUCCAUGGGCCGCCAACGAUUACUGCUGCUGCGGAAGACACAGGCCACGAGGAUCUGAUGGACGCCUCCAACGAAGAAGGCGCCACCGAGCAAAGUGGCACACCAGCCGAGAUCUUUAUCGGGUACACGGUGAACACUGAUGGCGAGACUGGCGAGGUUUGGGUUCCUGGUCCUGGGCAACAUACUCCAUCCCCUGCCGUGACAGCUGAUGACGAGGAAGCGUUGCAAUCAAACAUGCCGCCGGGUACUUCUGCAUACGACGACACUAUGGUUGAAGUGAUGCUUGACAGCCCGGACAGCGAGCUUGACGAGCUGCCAGCCUUGCAAGCGCAAGCCAUCAUGGGCUCAGGGUCUGAAGCUGAAACAGAGCCUCAGCUUACAGAGGACCCCAGUUAUGACUCCUCAGAGCCUGAGGCUGAAGUAAUGAUGUGCGAUGACGCGCGCACGAUCCUUAUCUGGCAGGACAUGGAGAGACUGUACAGCCCGAGCAGCGGCAGCAGUGGGUCCCACAACGCCUCGGACUAUCCCAGCCGGGAAAGUCAGCUGGAUGUGAGUGUGGAACAUGACAGAAUCUUGCUUUUGUGUCCUCAUCUUGACCCACAGGUCCCUGUUUCGGCUUCCGAAGCAGCCCGCAUUGUCUUUCAGGCUUGGAAAGAGCUCACCAACAACAAGACCUGGCACUCCCGGUCCAUGUCCAGCGGCACCAGCAGACAAGUCAGGCCGCGACUCCUAGCCCACUCUACGUCAGGGACCUCUGCUGAAAAUUCUGAUACAGCCUUGCCCUCGGCAACCCAUGCCCAGCAUGAUGAGUGGUGUAGAGCCCUUGGGCGGCGCAUUGACGCAGAGCUGAGCGCCAUGCCUGAUGCAGACAGGGACAGGGCGGUCCAAAGGCUUCUCAUGAUCAUACGGCGUGAUGCCCCCGAUGCCUCUUGUCUCCUGCUCCCCCAUCAUGAUGAAGGCAAGCCGAAUGCCGUCUACUCCACGAAGCACAUGCAUCAUGCCGCCCCGGAAGCCUGGCACUGUGCGACGGCGGCCCUCAAUGGAGCCCACUUCCUCUUCGACCAGAACGGCCUUGGCUCUACGGCGAGAACACUUAAUUUCGGUGCCAAAGCCUCCUCUUGGUGGUGGGGCCGUAUUGCUGGAGCCUUGCUUCGGCUUUCACAUAAGUUGGUGUGGGUUGCACAUCUGAUGUUUGCUUAUGUGGACGACUACUUCGGCGUCUUUCGCGCUGACACUGCGCUUGUCUCUGCAGGACUCUGGAUAUUGCUGUUCCUGGCUCUGCGAGUCCCGCUGUCCUGGUCCAAGGCAUCCUGGGGUCCAUGCGCGCGAUGGAUAGGCUGGGGCAUCGAUCUCCGCAGUUGGACCGUGUCUCUGCCUCCGGAGAAACUUUCGAAGAUCUUGGAGCCUCUUCGAGCGCUAGCUCGGCCAGGAGCUACACGCAUGAAGGUCAAGGAGCUUGAAUCGCUCAUUGGCAGGCUGCUUUGGCUGACCAGUCUUUGGCACCUGUUGCGCCCCUUGCUGGCCCCCUUGUAUAAGAUCAUGGCUCGCAUCCCUUCGUCUUGUGUGGCGGUUCAGCCCUCGCUUUGGCAGUCCAUCUGCGCCCUGGUGGACGACGACUGUGUGCUCACGAGGGCUACGUCUCAUGCGUCUUUUCCUGCUCGUGCACGCAUUUCUCGUGUGGCGAAUCGCCAAGUGUUGACGAAAACUGAUCUUGUGGGGCACCCUUUCCUGAAAAGGCCCACAUAUCAGCCUUGGAGCUGCUGGCCCAAUUGCUUCUCCUGUGGUGCAUACACGAUACGCUUCCCUCUUGCCGAGGACCACUUCGUGUUUGCCUUCGUUCUGACAACUCGGGAGCUGAAGCAGUUGCCGAGAAAAAACUUAGCUCUGUGCCAGCUCUUGCAGCUGUCCUCUCUUGCUUCAUGUGCUUUCAACGCUGGUCCGGCCUUUGUGCUGACAUUGAGCACAUUCCUGGAUAUCGCAGUCCGCUGCCACUUGCUGACCGCUGUCAGCCUCCCGUGGCUCACUUACUUCGACCUCAAGGUGGUCCGUGAAGCGUGCGAGCAUCGGUUGAAGUCCUUGAACACUGUAGACGAGGUUUUGCAGUUUGGGUCUAGGUGCAUCAAGAACACAAGCCUGCGAGAAGCCUUUAUCUGGCACGGCUGUGAAGCAGUCUGGGAGGCUGCUGUCCCUUGGCAUUUGCAAGAAUCUGCAGUUCAGCCUGCCGCUGAGCACCCUAACUUCGAGCGUGACAUUGCUCUGUUCGAGCAGUCCCUGUCAGAGGAGCGCCCCACCAAAUUCCAGCGUUGUCUGCGCCUUGCAGACGAUCCCUUUGAGCUUGAGCCCAAUCCUGAGAGUGUGUCAGAGCCUAGUGCAAAGAGAAGGUCCUUUGAAGGGCGUUUGUGCCCUGCAGAAGAGCCUAUCGACCUGACGUCUGAGUCUGAAGCUGAGCACCAUGGCGGAACAGGCAGUGCCACCGCGUCGCAGCCCCCGGCAAGCGUUGCAGAGUCAUCUGUUUCGACUGCUGUCAGGCGAGUUGAACUGGAUGCCAGUGAUUGUGUGUUCGACUUCAGUGCGAUGUUUUCCAAUGAUGAAGCCACGGUGAGGAGUGUUGUGCUUGAGCGCAUGCACAUGCAGCUGCCUCCUGAGCGUGUGAGUGCUUGUGAUGCUGUUGUGAAAACCCAUUGUCAGCAUUUGCCCAGCACGCCUGUUGAGCAGUUCGACAUGUCGUACAGUGAUGGUGAUGCAAACUGGACCUGCACUGAAUGGAGGCCCAGUCCUGAUGGCUUCGUGGAGUUCCCAUGCACUGGGAUGCAGUGCCUCGAUGAAUCCCUUCGUGCCAGCGAUGAUGCAGUCCUUGCCGGGAUCCCUCAAUCGCCUGAAGCCCUGAUUUCGAGUGUUCGAGCAGUCGUGCAUGAGGUCUCGACUGUCCAACCUACACCUGUUGAAGUGAUCAUGGAUAGUGGUGCUGAUGUGAGCUGCCUGCCCAUGGCAUUUGGCCACAAAGGUUCCAAAGGUAGAGGUGCCGAGAGCAUGUCAGUGCGUGAUGCGCAAGGAGGCGCUCUCCCUGUCAAGCAAUGCAGAGAUGUGGAGUUUGUUGUUGUGGCCCGAGAUGGUCGUGAGAUCACUUGGAAGGAACGCUGUGUGGUGACACCGGUCACCCAGCCCUUGCUCUCGAUGGGCAAGUUCAUGCGUGGAGGUUGGUUCCCCGUUUGGAGUGAUAACCACAUGUACAUCAGGCAUGAUGCAUCAGGCAUUGAGGUUCCAAUGUCGUUCAAAGGCAAUAGCUUGAAAGUUGAUGCUGUGCUGCGUCGCGUUGCAGACGACGAUGGGGACGAUGGCUUGGAGUCCGAGGCACAGGUGAGGUUCACCAGUGCGGUCCCUAGCCAGGAGUUGGUCGAUGCCAGCUUCGGUUGGCAAACACUUGAGAGCACGGGACACUUUGUGUGGAGAGGGGUCAGUGACAGGUUCAUCGAUCCUUCUUUGUUGGUGCCUAUCACGUGGCCCAAUCGCAGCACAUUGGUGAAGCUUGAUGAAGGCUGGAAGUUGCUUGAAUGGUGUGUUCCGUGGAGACAACUGAGCGAUGAGACCGCUGAGUUUCCGUGUGGAGAGUGCGAAUGCAUAACCAUCUUGAGCACAGGUGAAGAAGAUCCUGAUGUGUUUGGCGUCAAGGUAGAUGCCCUUGAGAGUCAUGUGCAAGAGAGUGGACGCCAGCCGGUUGGAGGUGUUGGCCUCGAACCCGACGAACUUCCUGAUGCCCCGAUGGGAGUUGAGCCUGAAGAGUUUGCUCCUGAACCACCUCGGCCGGUGGCUGAUACCAUCGAGGUUCCUGUUGCGCCUGCUGUGGGAGAUCAUGUGGUCACUGUAGAUGGUGUCGGUUUGAGCAUGAGCAGCACGCUUGCGGCAUUGCGUGCAGGAUGCGAAAGGCUAGGCUUGAGCAAGUCGGGAUCCAAGCAGCGGUGUUUCGACCGCAUGAAGGGAUACCUCCAGAAAGAAAAGCUGGCGGCUGAGCUUGAGGUCGCUGAAAGAAGUCAAGAUGUUGUGUCCCGAGAGCCUCGCAUGCAGUUCGAGCCCAAACCACCGAGCGAUGAGGCCCGCACAUUGCACGAGGUCACCCAUUUGCCGUUUGCAAAUUGGUGCAAACACUGCACCAUGAUGAAGGCUGUUCCCGAUCAACAUCGAACACUGGUGGAAGGCAGUGCCCGUGAAUAUCCCACAAUCAGCUUCGAUUUGUGCUACACAGGCUAUGAUGCUGAAGGAAAAUGUGCCCGUGAAGAUUCGCCCGUGAAGAUUCGCCCGACAAGGACAAGCUUACGUGUUUGA